AUGAACAACUAUAACAAUAAAGGAGGCAAUAAUGAUAAGAAAAAUCUUAAUAAGAAGAAAACAAAAUUAUACAAUAGCAGAACUAUAAAAAUUCAAAAUAAUGAUUCAUCAUACUCCAAGAAAGAAAAUAAAUUAAACGUACCUGAUUUUUUAUCAUCUCGAAAAUAUGAAAUAAAUUCAUUGGAACUAUCACAACUAAAAAGUAAACAAGCUUUGAACUCCAGAUGUUUUCAAAAUCUACCAAGAGUAAUGAGAAGAAGAGCUGCGUCUCAUAAUGUCUCAAGAAUUCCUAAAAGAUUGAGGGCAAAAGCUAUUAGAGAAAUGCAAGGUGCUUCAUUACCUGCAAAACAUGUACCAAAGGGGAGAAAAUUAUAUAAGUUGAUGCAAAAGCAAAGAAUACUAAAAGCAGCAUCAAAACUAAAAAAUGAUGGACACAAUCUAGAUGACAUUUUAAAAAAUGGUAAUGUUCGUAAACACAUUAAAGAAAUUGGAAAAGAAUUGAAAAAAUUGGAUAAUGAACCAAACCCCAAAUUAAAUAAUUCAGUUGGGUCAAUUGAACUUUCAGUUGAAAAUGAACUAGCUAGUCCACCUUCACUUAGUGUUAAAUAUGGUAAAAGACAACAAAAAUUUGCUUGGAUUCCGACACACAUAUGGCAUGCAAAAAGGUUUCAAAUGAGUAAAAAAUACGGGUUUCAAAUUCCUUAUACACCAACACAAAAAUGUUUUAAAUUUAUGAGUAGACAAAAUAAACAUAAAGCUGUUUGUUUUGAUACUUCAUAUAGUCCAAUUAUUAUAAUAAGUCCAAAAGAAAAGGAUGAUAAACUAGUUAAAGGCGGAUUACUUCAAUUAUAUGACCUAAUAAUAGAUUCACUGGAUAAAUCAGUACUCGAUGGGAAAAAUUCAUAUUUUGGAAUGAUUAGAUUAUCCAAUUCAGUCAGAGACAAUAAAGCUUUAACUUAUUUUGAUUCAACUAAUUGUAUACUCUUAAUACAAUUUCAAUCUUUGAGUAAUUUUGAAAAUCAAUUUAAUGAUUUCAAGGAAAAUUUUGGGGAAGAUUAUAAUGUGACUGAUUGUAGGUAUGCAUUAGGAAGUAUGGAAGUUUCUGGUCCUUUGGGGUUACGAUGUUUAAGUAAAGUUUUACAUUUAAGAGACGAAUCAGAAGAAUUUAAACAAACUUGGGCAACAAUAACAUCAAAUAAAGAUAGUUCGUUAGUGCCAAUAGGUACAACGUUUUCAUUCAAUAUAUAUGAUCCAAGACUAUGGAACAGACCAGUUGAUUAUCCAAUAAAACCAACUCAGGAUAUUUACGAUACAAUAAUAUACUUAAAUUCAUCUCACAAAGUAGAUUAUGAAGUUACAAAAAAGCUAUUUUCUAAACAAGGUAGAUUAGAUUCAUAUAAAAACCAAUUAUCAAUCAAAGAAUUAGGUAAGAUACAUAAUCAAAAAACUACACUAGAUAAAGUAAAUCAUAGUAAUAUUCCAAUUUUAUUAACUAAAAUAGAUUCCACAAAAUGGAAAUUAAUAUGUCCUUGGUUUUGGGUUUUACCAAUUUGGAUUCAAUUAGUCAAAAUCCCAGAUAUAAGACCAGGUGGUUUAAAACAAAUUUAUCAGUUUAAUUUUGAAAAUAAUCAACCAUCAUUUCCAGUAGAUUAUCCUUCAACAACUGAAGGUUAUAAUUAUAAUAAUCUAGUUGGUGAAAAAGCAGCAGAAUUAGACUCCAAAAAAUCCAAAAGCCAAAUAACACUACAACAAUCAGAAUCUAAUUAUUCAUUAAUUUUCAAUGCAUAUAAAUGUGAUUGGUUUACUUUAAGAAAUAUGUUAUAUUUAUCUAAAUUAAUGCAUAAUUAUAGAACAACUAUAAGAGGUAGAGAAAUUUAUAUACCAAAUGAUGAAGAUGACAUAAUAUACAAAGUCAAAUUAUUAGAAAAAGAACAAAAAUUAAUUUCAACACCAUCAGUAAAUCAAGCACAAUAUAGUAAAAAUUUUCUGGAUAAUCAUAAAUUAAAUCCAACAACAAUGCAAAAUAUUGUGAAUCAACAAUUACCAUUACUUACGAUACAAUUAAAAAUCUUGGAAGCAGGGGUUAUUGAAAAUAAUGCAAGAAUUUAUUCAGUUCCAGAUUAUGGAGAUUCUUUUACUGUUGGAUUUGUGACUACCGGUGGUAUGAAUUUAAAUGAAGGUAAAUGUACUGGUAUUGGACAUAUAUUUCCUGAAGAUAUGCAAUUAGAUACUCCAAGAGGAAAAGUUUGGGUAAGAAACCCUGGCAAAUCUAAAUUAUAUCCUUGUUCAUACGAAUUUAUAAAUACCUAA